UCUUACAGCCGUGACUCUAAACAUGCUGAAGUCCUCAAAACGCUUCUGAAGAAGAAGUUUGAGUGUCUGUAUGAGGGAACAGCGACGCAGGGAAACCCAACACUCCUGAAUGAGAUCUACACAGAGCUCUACAUCACAGAGAGUGAGAGUGGAGAGAUCAGUAAUGAGCAUGAGGUGAGACAGAUUGAGACACAAUCCAGGAGAGCAGCAACAGAGGACACAGCCAUCAAAUGCAGUGACAUCUUUAGACCUUUACCUGGACAAGACAAAGCCAUCAGAACUGUGCUGACAAAGGGAGUCGCUGGCAUUGGAAAAACCGUCUCUGUGCAGAAGUUCAUCCUGGACUGGGCUGAAGGGAAAGAGAAUCAGGAUGUCCAGCUCAUAUUUCCACUUCCUUUCAGAGAAGUCAACCUGAUGAAGGACAAAACACUCAGUUUUUCAGAUCUUCUUCAUGUCUUUUUCCCUGAAACUAAAGAAAUGGAGAUAUCCAGUGAUGAAUAUGAAGUGUUGUUCAUCUUUGAUGGUCUGGAUGAGUGUCGUCUGUCUCUGGACUUUAAGAGCGAUGUGAGGUUGUGUGAUGUAAGUGAAUCAGCAUCAGUGGACGUGCUGCUGAUGAACCUCAUUGUGGGGAAUCUGCUUCCCUCUGCUCUCAUCUGGAUCACCUCCAGACCAGCAGCAGCUGAUCUUGUCCCCUCUGAGUGUGUCCAUCGAGUGACAGAGGUACGAGGCUUCAAUGAGCCACAGAAGGAGGAAUACUUCAGGAAGAGAAUCAGUGAUCAGAGUCUGGCCAACAGGAUCAUCUCACACCUGAAGUCAUCAAGGAGCCUCUACAUCAUGUGCCACAUCCCAGUGUUCUGCUGGAUCUCAGCCGCUGUUCUCGAGAAGAUGCUGAGUCCAGCAGAGAGUGGAGAGAUUCCCAAGACUCUCACUCAAAUGUACACACACUUCCUGAUCCUUCAGACCAACAUCAAACGUGAGAAGGACUAUGAGAAGAAGGUGACAGAUGAAGACAUGAUCCUCAAACUGGGGAAACUGGCUUUUCAGCAGCUUGUGAAAGGAAACCUGAUCUUCUAUGAGGAAGACCUGAGAGAGUGUGGCAUUGAUGUGACAGAAGCAUCAGUGUACUCAGGAUUGUGCACUCAGAUCUUCAGAGAGGAGUUUGGCUUGUAUCAGGGGAAAGUCUUCUGCUUUGUUCAUCUGAGCAUUCAGGAACAUCUAGCAGCUCUAUAUGUGCACCUCUCCUGUACAAACCACAACAGAAAUGUGUUUGACCAAACCAAACAAACUAAAGUUUCACUAUCUUAUCUCCAUCAGAGAGCUGUGGAUGAGGCUUUAGGCAGUAAAAAUGGGCAUCUGGACCUUUUCCUUCGUUUCCUUCUGGGUCUGUCAGAGGAGUCUAAUCAGAGUCUCUUACAAGAACUGAUGACACAGAUAGGAAACAGGUCUCAUAAUAAUGAGAAAACAAUUCACUUUAUUAGAGAAAAGAUCAGUGAGAAUCCCUCUCCAGAUAAAUACAUCAAUUUGUUUCACUGUCUGAAUGAACUGGGUGAUCUUUCUCUAAUGAACGAAGCUGAACCUCGUAUGAGCCGUGGAGGAUUACGUCAUGUGAAACUCUUCUCAUCUCAGUGGUCAGCUUUAGUUUUUGUGUUGUUGACCUCAGAGCAGACAAUGCAGGAGUUUAGGCUGAAGAGCUUAAUUGGAGCAGAACAUGAUAGUGACACAUUUGUCACCCAGAAAGCACAAAAUACAGCAGAUGAAGUUCUUCAGAAACUUCUGCCUGUGGUUACAGCAACUAGAUCAGCUGAGUAA